UUCAUCCGGUACCGCGAUGAUCGGUGAGCGACGUGUCCAACGUGUCCCGGGAACCGCGCGAGGCCGACUCCGGCUGUUGACUGGCGCCGUGCUGCUGUCCACUAUCGCGGGAAGUGCAUGGACAGAAAACCCCGUCUCCACAUCCGAGGCACCGAGCUUCACCGCGGCAAUAACAAACGUGACAGUCCCGGUGGGAAGGGAGGCCAUCCUCUCCUGCGUCGUGGCGAACCUUUCUACGUUCAAGGUGGCAUGGCUGCGGGUGGACACGCAAACCAUCCUGACGAUAGCCAAUCACGUGAUAACGAAGAAUCACAGAAUCGGCGUUACGCACAGCGAGCACAAAACGUGGCUGCUACAUAUACGUGAUGUCCGCGAGAGCGACCGGGGGAACUACAUGUGCCAGAUAAACACUGACCCGAUGAAGAGUCAGAUUGGUUAUUUGGAGGUCGUAGUUCCGCCGGAUAUUUUGGAUUAUCCCACGAGUACGGAUAUGGUUGUGAGGGAGGGCAGCAACGUUUCGCUGCGUUGCGAAGCAACAGGGUCGCCGACGCCGAACAUCACCUGGAGGAGGGAAGACGGCGAGUUGAUUAUUCUCGGAAACAACCAGGAAGUGGCCAGCAUUGAUGGACCGGUCUUCAAUAUUACGAAAGUGAACAGGUUGCAGAUGGGAGCGUAUCUUUGCAUCGCGUCCAACGGCGUGCCGCCAACGGUCAGCAAGAGAAUUAUGCUCGUUGUACAUUUUACUCCAAUGAUUUGGAUCCAGAAUCAAUUGGUGGGGGCGCAAGAAGGCCACCAAAUAACGUUGGAGUGCCAUUCCGAGGCGUUUCCCAAGUCCAUCAAUUAUUGGACGCGAGAGAACAACGUCAUUAUAACAAACGGGGAGAAGUACGAGCCAUCCUUCUCGGACAAUGUGUACAAGGUACACAUGAAGCUCAUGAUACGCUCGGUCGCGAUGUCCGACUACGGCAGUUACAAAUGCAUAUCUAAGAACUCCCUCGGCGAAACGGACGGCAGUAUCAAGCUCUAUCUGGAGAAUAUCCAGUGGUCGCGACAAAAGCCCGUGCCCAGUCUAGAGCCGAGCUCUAAUGAAAUAACCGACGCAUCUUUGUCGACCGUCGUGAGAAGCGAAGAAACGCGACUCCGUGGCAGGCCGAGCCACGAGGAGAGUCACGAAGCCGAGAACGUCAUCGACACCGACAGCCGUAAAAGCGUCGAUAGCGACGUCGGACAGCGUAGAAUCGACAACACGGCGCAGUCGAUGUCGUCCAAAAGCAGCACGUGGCAUCGCGUGCAGCGUCGAGCCAGCGCGGCGAUCUGCAUAAUCGUGCUCACCGCCCUGUCGUAGUCGUCGCGGCGGAGCGAGGAUGAUUGAGUUCGCGACUGUCCUUCCAGUUUGCAGCGUUAUUAAAUCCUGCAGUCUUUCCUCCACAACUCCGCGCAAGGGAUCAAUUAAACCGAACGAAUUCUUACGGGCGAAUAGCGUGGACCUGGUCGAAAGAUCCGCGACUGUUGACGGCCGAACAUCCGAAAGACGGUUAAUCAUAGUGGGACUAUGAAUUUAUCUUGCCUCUGUUUAAGGCGACACAUUACUCGUGUUAGAUGAUCGUUAUAACAAAAUCGCGUCACCCUUUUUCCUCUCUUGUUUCGCUUUUUUAUGUUAUUGCGCAAGGAUGGCAUUUAGAUUGGGAAAGACAAGGUUUGCGGACGAUAUCGCAGAUACGAAGAUUAUUUUAUGUCCAACUUGAGGAAAAAAUGCGUUCUUAAUUACUUCUGUAAAAUUCACUAACGCUAUACAUUUUGAGCAAAGGUGUUGUUAUCUCUUAAUAUUGUUAUCGAUGUUUAACACUAGAAUUACCGACAUUAGUGUACAAUUAGUACACCUGCAAUAUGGAAAGAACAAUUUUGCUGAAAAUUAAAAUUAAAAUUCUGCUGGAUACAUAUCUAAAAAUAAAUUUUGUUAGACUGUAUCAAAAACUAGAUCGAAAACAUUAUGUCAGAAUAUCAAACAAUUUUGAUAUUUCAUCAACCAUUUUGCACUUAUAUAUCGUUAUAAAUUUGAUAAAAAAUUAUAAAAUCAGUCAUUUUCAUUAUUAGUUGAUAGGCUUUGAUAAUUCUAGUGUUAAGUUUGUUUGCAAUAAGCGUCACUUAUUAACUGACGAUAAUAAAUAUAAUUCGUGCAAUAAUGUACUUAACGUAUUGGCUGCCAAAUAAAAGAUAGUACUCGCUGACGAUCUACAGAUGAACGUCAGCUCUUCGCCAAUCUGAUUGUUCGAAAGGAAAAGUAAAAAUUUAUUUAAAUUUUCAUGAAUCAAUAUAAUCAAGUAGCAUAUUAAAAAUAUAACAUGCUAAUAUAAAAAUGGCGUGGUGUACAAAUUAAGUUAGUUAAUUAUACAACAGCAAUCAAUGUGUUAACAUCUGCGUUACAACAACGUUAACGUUGUUUCAUUCCAGUUGAAUCGUUUGUUUACCUUUAAUUACCAUCAGAGAUCUCCCUGCCUUUCCGUAAAGGAUCGAUAAUCAUUCCCAAUCUCUUCGACGUGUCAGCGGAUUUUCGAAGCCAUCCCUAUCGGACGUAUCCCGGGAAUGAUGACAGCGUGACGACCAUUUUCCUUAUCUGAUUCACCGAUCACCACCAUCCUUCUUCGCAAUCUUUCUUCUAUCGGCAGAGAGGCUUUCAAAUCGUGCGCAUCGUUAGCGCGAAACGAGAUCUCCCAAUUUCCCUCAAAGGGGUCGACUGAUUUUUUUUUCUUUUCGCGUGUGAGCGGCUUACCUCGGGAGAAAUUUGAUACUCGCAUUCGAAUCGUAAUUAUAUCGUUAGGAAGAUCGAUUGCGACGAGUAUUUUUUCCGAGAUCUGAAGAUAUCUACGUGUCGCGUCUUUUUUUUUUGUUUAUACACGUUAAAAUAUCUGUCGCAUUUUUGUCUUGCGGCUUAGCACAAUCUCUGGAUGAUUUAUUACAAAAAGAAAAUGUUACACCAGAUCUGAAACGAGGACGGAAAUUUCUCAUGUAAGAUAUGUACUGAAUAUACUGCACUAAUUAUACUCGCGUUUCCACCGCUCAUCCAUAUCGUUUCUAUAGACUCGAGCAAAAAUUCGGCCUACUCGAUUGGUAAAUAACACUCGUCAGUGAUUCGCGUGAAUGUGUAGAAAUUUAUAAUAUUUAUAUAUCGAGAUGUUAAUAAUGUAAUUUAAUGAUAAUUUAAAAUGUUAAAACGAUCAUUUAUAUUUUAUAUCAAUAUUUCUGUACAUUCAUUUUGCACAGAGUCUCAAUACUCGCGGGCAUGCAUUGAGGCCAUUCCUUGAGCAUUACUUUUGCAAGUGAUGGCGUUUCACUUAAUUUUAUUUGUAAUGUAAUAUAUUUAAUUUAACUUUAUUGUAUAUACAAAAAUUAGUUAACCCUUUGCACUUCUAUGCCGUCUGUCACAUUAACUAAAGGAUACGAUCCAAUUUUAAUCAUAUAGAAUUAUUGCGUUGAAACGCUCGUCACAAAUAAAAUGGUAGAGCACAAAUCAGCUGACGGUUAGACAGUGGAUCUUGAAGCUUGAAAUAUUUUCUAUGUCAGUAGUUUGUAAAUGACGCAGCAAUCAAUAUGUUAACGUUUAUCGCAAUGCACUGACAAUUUUAAAACAUUCUCUAGUUGAUCGUUUUUUAUUGUGUGUACCUGCUUUAAUUAUAACUCUGUUCGAAUAUAACUGUCAGUGCAGAGGGUUAAUCGAUCUACUAAGGCUAAAUGUAUAAAUUAGUAUGUAAGCGUAGAAAUUAGUGUGAGAAACGUGUGUGCGAAAUUCGAAGAGUGGCUCGAAAAUGCAAUGCGUAAGAUGCAACGAAGCAACCGGGACUUGUGUAAAUUUCCGAGGAUUAAUCCACUUGCAUAUAUUUGUAAAUAAUGUUACGAUCGCGUAUGGACAUUUCCAUGAAUAUUAUCGCUGUACUAAUUGUAUCGAUAAGGACGGUUUUGUAUAUAUUAAGUCCCAUUCCCCCCUCCCCCCUCGAGCGCGAAUAUAAAAUAAGAGUGUGAGUAGUUGUCGACGUUUUUAUAUAUGUGGAUGUGUUUCUGCAAAUGAAGUUAUUGUAUCCCCGACACACGUAUCAGGACGAAAUUAAGAGAGGUAUCUCAUUCUCCUUGCGUUGUUCCACCUAGGACUAAAUCACUAAAGUAAAUACUGUUUUGCGUUUUAUAACCGAAGAAAACGUAACGUUCCUAACGUAGUUCAAUCAAGCGCGAUUGUUAAGAUACUCUUUGAUAAUUUAUACGUAAAAAGAAAUUUAUACUGACACUCCGAAAUUAGUAAUUCGUAUUUCUUCGCCGAAAAUAUCUAAAAUAUUUUUGCGACGUAUUACUUACACGGAAAGAACAAUUUUGCUUGAA